UCGCCUGGCAACGGAAGCCGCCGCAGCAAGCCCGACAGCGCGUCUCGUCGCUGCCUUGUGCUUCGCCGGCUUGUGCUUUGGACCCGGCCCCAAUUGAGUGGGACGUUUGUCUUCCUCCUGGCCGGAGACGUUGGCUAGUUCGAGAAAGCCUCGGCCAUGUCCCAGAAAAACAAGCUCAACUUCGUGGCUGAAGCGCAGAUCUGGAAGAAUCACAUUGAAACAGAGCGGGAAGCUGCCCGAAAAUGGCCCAAGCGGUGGGGAUUUCUGUUGACGCCACUUGAAGAGUUGGUAAAAGAUGAAAAGAAACAACUUGCUAAGCCGAAGAUCCCACUUCCAGAACACCUGCAGAUCCGACCUCUGACACCGGUGGAAACAUAUAUUAAGAUCGUCCCAUCCCCGCCUGUUCCGCAAACAACCCAAGGGUUUAUCGGCUGGAGAUCUUCCGUUACCGGCUUAGAACUUGAGCGUUAUUAUCAGAUCAAAAGCUCCAAAGGUGCCUUUUACAAGGACUUGAAAUGGCCAAAUGAACCAACCGACUGA